GGGUGCCACAUUUGAAAGAGGGGGAUGUUCCACCACAAGGAGGGAGGCCAGGGUGGGCGGCACCACCAAAUCCAAGGAUGGGGCCAUGGAUGACUCUUCUGAAUAAAAUUGCUGAGUCUCAUAAUCUCGUUCCCGAAUUUGAAAUUACUUUUGAAGCUACUCAUCAUGGACCUGUGACAACUAAACCAACAAUGUUCGUCGAGAUAGGUAGCACUGAGGAGUACUGGAAGAGGCAGGAUGCUGCUCGUGUUGUUGCUCUAUUAGUCUGGGAAGGACUUGGACUUGGAGGAGGUCCUCCUGUUGGAAACUGGAGCAGUGCAUCUGCAAAUAACAAAGUCCUUCUAGGGAUUGGUGGAGGACAUUAUGUGCCACGACAUAUGGAUGUGAUAAAGAAGGAUGGUUGUUGGGUCGGCCAACUUCUCUCUGGUUACUCCUUACCAAUGGAAGAUCCUGGUCCAUCAAAAGGUAAAGUAAGCGCGCAAGAUAUUGCCGGGACUUGGAGAGACUCAAUUAGAGCAGCAUAUGAUACUACCAAAACAGGUUUUCCUGGUGGAGAAAUUCUGGCACAUCUUGAUCAGAAGAGUUUCAAGGGCUGGCAGAAGAAUGCGAUUACUGAAUUCUUAGUUGCACAGGACAUUAAAAUUGGCAAGCCUGGUGAUUUCCGCUGAUUGUGAACAACUUUAGCAGUUCUUUUAGGUCCUUAUUACAGGGUGAAGUUGUUAAGGUCAACAACUUCCAUACUUUUUCAUUAGAUGUACUUGUAGAGAAGGUUCCAAAUCAUAAUACAAGCAUAUCGUUCACUAGAAAAGAACCUUGUAUAUCAUGAGGGAAAAAAGAAGGGAAACAAUAUUUGAAUCAAUAUAAGGCAAGUAUAAUGAUCUUUUCACUUCUGUAUUAAACUGAACUUUCGAUGUUGUGCUUUUGGUUUUA